AUGAAUCAGAUAUGACUUAAGGGAAUCACGUUGAAAACAACAACACUUAAUAUCCUACUUUAGUUAGUACUCGCUAUGCUCUACUCUUCGGAGUAGAGAACACAUUAUGCCCAGUUUUUUUUUAAUUUUUCAAUUUUCUUAUAUAUAUACUUAAUUGGCGUUUUUAGUGGAACUUGGAAGUUUUUAGUGGUUUUUUGUUCAUUUAUUUUUUUUGAAUAUAUUUAUCUCUGAGAGAAAUUAAAUGCCAAUUCGCCGGAAUUUCGUUGCUGGAUAAUAUUUACUCUAAAUUUAGCCGAACAAACCUGUCAUUGAAUUUGGCCGAAUGGUUGUAUUGAAUUUAACGCCGUCAUUUGGGAACUGGUGACGGCGUGUUAAUCUUGCUUGAUAAGGAAAAAUACUUCAAUAGCAAAACAAAAGUGGAAAAGUUAAUAUUAUUCGAAAAUAUAAAUAAAAUAAAUUUGUUGGAUCUCCAGUGGAAUGCUUAAUGAAUUUUGUCUUUGCAAGGAACGAUUGAUAAGAAAGCAAAUAAAACUAAGUUCACCCACCUUUUAUAUUUUGAUUCAUCCGAACAGCUAUGCGGCGUUGUAAACAAACAUACUUCAGUGGUGCAGUAGGCGAAAAUCCGUUUCACCUGCAUUUCCUAAACAAUAACCUGAAACAUGCGUCCGAAUCGUCUGCAACUCGCUGCCCAUACAACUGAAAUCGCCGCCUUCUUUGCGUGAUUUUGUUUAUUUCCAAUUGCGUCGAUUUCCAAAAUAUAUUCCGAUGAUCCCUUGGAUGCGCGCUAGGUGGGCGGCGCGCAGCAAACGAACCACCAGUGAAGAUAAAGCUGAUGCUGCAGAAGCCGCUUGUAGCAGAACAGGACGAGACAGAAUACGUGCCACAAGUACCAAUUCGACUCCUACUGCGAAUACGGCUACGAUUGCUUGCGAGCCACAUAUUAAACAUGGUGUUUCACCCGCACGUCACACUGCACCGCCACAACGUCGAAGUCGCAGCGCGAUGCCGACAUCACCUUCACGUAGCGGCAUCCCCCAGACUGGAACGCGCGUUGCACAUACGACGAUAAUGCAGUCUCUAUCACAGUCGCAGCAGCUGCAACACUCUAGUCCACUGAUGACGCCGCAGCCACGCAGAGUGCCCAAAAUAAGGGGCUCACGUCGUUCAUCGGGUCUCUCGGGCACAGAUUCUGCUACGGCUGGCUCCACCGAUAACAUCGAUCGAAAUACUCCCAAACAAAUCAUCAGAGUGCGCGUCGUUUGUCCAAGUGCACGUAUACUUAUUUUCGAAACAGAUGUAAGUAAACGAAUCACAGAGCUUAAAAACGAGGUAAUGUUGGAGUUAUCGGACGAUCCCGCCGCCAUGCCACUAUUUGCGCCGGAUGUCCGGCAGCUCGGACCACGUUAUCGCAUCAUGCGCGCGGAAUAUCAGGGUACCGAACUAAAUGAAACUAUGACGCUUGCGCAGUUGAAAAUUGAGGACAACUCCAUGCUGUUGUUGGUGCCACGGCGACAAAAUCUACAACAAAUGACUGCCGUAACGCGCGAGAUUCAGCCACCGCGUGAAAUGGAAAUCAACGCCGCUACGCGUAAUAUUCUGCCGCAUACCAUCGAUAUGCCCAUGGUGGACAUCAAUGAGAUAUUUCAGCAAUCGAAUCUGCAAUUUGAUGUUCGCAAAGUACUCAUAUCCUUGGCGCAAGCGUCUGCGGCGAUCAUAGGCGCUGGUCCUUAUGCGACACGACUGAUUUCGAUGCUGAAACAAAAGCUGAUCAACAAACGAAACUAUCAGAAUGAUACACUGCAGUGCCUUGUAGAUAUGGGUUUUAAAAAGGAGAAAGCGGAGUAUGCGCUUAAGAUCAAUCAAGGUGUUUACUCAGCGGCACUCGAAUGGCUCAUACAACACCAAAGUGAGGAGGGUUCGAUGGAGGAGACAGCCAUGAGCUUACAGAAGAGUUUAUCAGUGCUCUCACCUUCGGGCAUAAUCACUAAUGACAGCAUUGUUGAAAACACCGAAGCAUUACUAGAGAUAGUGCGCAUUUAUAGUCAUCGCGAUAUACCACCAACGCCGGAAACUAUUAGUUCAUUAGUGGAAAUGGGUUUCGAGGAGACCGAAGUACUGCAAGCUUUGAAGAAGACUUGCAACAAUAAAGCAGCGGCAUGUGAAUGGUUGUGUGGAAAUCGUACUGGUAGUUUGAUCGAAUUGCGUGAAGGUCUAUCACAAGAUUCGCCAAUACUCAAAGCCAUACUUGAUAUGCCGCAAGUCCAGAUGAACUUAAGUAAUCCAAAAAUACUAAUAGCCUUUUUGUCCAUACUCGAAAAUGAGAAUUCCAUACGCGUUUGGGGUGGCGACAAUGACACCACAUCCGUGAUCACACAUAUCCUGCAGAAAUAUCACGAAGAGAAACAUGUGCUGGGCAUCAAUCAAUUCUAUAGUAAUCGUCAAUAGUAUUAUAGUUACAAGAAACGACUGUGAGCAACCUUUAGGCAAAUAAACAGCAGCAGCAUAAGCAUAAAAAGCGCAUGCGCACAACAUACACAUCUUACCUUACCACACACAUACAUACGUACGUAAUACAUGCAUACAUCCACAAAAUAAAAAAAGUGAAAAAUGUGAAUAAUGAAAAAGGCGAAUAAUUAAAAUUUACUAUAAACUGGCAAACAGGUAAAUUCCUGCUAAUAGCUUAGUAAAAUGUCUAUUAUAUAACUAAAUUAUCUAUAGUAAAAAUAGCAAACCAAAGAGAUAAGAAAUCUGUUGUUGCAAUAGAUGAAUAGCUACGAAUAUCAAACAAUUUUGUAUUAGCUUAAAAAAUAUGUACGCAACGCACAGCUCGCGCCAAAAAGCCUCUUAUACACGUACAUGCAUACUUGCGAGAAAUAAAAAGCAAAGCAAAAACGAAAAUGUAUAAAAAAUUGUUUAAAAAGAAAAAAGUGCGAUUUUAGCGCAUACGUACACUAAUGCAUACGUACAUGUACACACAUAUUUAUAUGUGCAAAAAAGAUGUACGAAAUAGCCAGUCAUUUUAAAAUUUUGCUAGCCGCCAAAUUUAAUUAGUACCUUAGGCCGUAUCACAGACUUAAUAAUAAUAAUGAUGACUAGGAUUAUCUAGCAUAAUGAUGUGGCAUUUUAAGUGAAUAGAUAUAAUAAAAUUAUUUUUGGAAUGCGAUUCAUAUCUACACACCUGUAAAACUUAAGUAAAAGUAAAAAUACGAAAAACAAAAAAAUAUAAAGACGAUCGUGAUUGAUCCGCUAGCGCUUAAACAGGCAAGGUAUGCGUUUUUUUUGUAGUAACACAAGCACGACGCAUAUCUUUUAGUUAGCUUACGAAAAGCAAAAAAUAUAAAAAAAAAUAUCUAAAUGAAUUUUAAUCACUCGUAUGUCAUGUUGUCAGUAUUUUCUGAAAUUGUGCAACAUUUGUAUAACUCGAUGGAACGUCCAUAAGCCGUUAUGCUAAACAUAAAAUAAAUAUACAAUAUUUUUUUUAGAAAGUACUACAUGAACGAAAACACAUACACGCCUAUUAGCAAUCAUAAAAUACAUUCAAUUAAUGCACUAAAACCAUUGUAAAAUCACUGAUGCAUUGAAAUAAAAAAUAUAAAAAAAUAAAAAAUCAGCACGUUCGAAAAUAAAAAUUGCUUUCGCACACCAGUUCACACAUAUUGUCGAAAAAAUACUCAUGGGACAUACACAAUAUUCGCUUUGCGUACAUUCGAAUGGGAAAAUAUCAAAAAAUUAAAAAA